AUGUCAUAUGCGGGUAAUUGUACCCCUCAACAAUCUGGUCAAAUGUUUGUAAAUAAAAUAAAAAUUAUCAGAACUGGAGGCAAUCGAACAGUUAAAAACACUUUGGAGCCUUUUUAUUUACUUGAACCGGAAUGGCCACUGACAGAUAAUCAAAUCACCGGUGCCAAAAACCUAAUUGAUCAUUAUGGUUUAAAAAAUGCUUAUCAAAAGUAUUUUCGUGGUAAUCUAAAAGAGGAACUUUCGGGGUUUUUAACCCACCUCUCUGGAAAUGUAAAUACUCCCUCGUCGUCUGAUGAAAGCGGUCUAAUGCAUUUAAUUGAACGUCCUCCCAUUCAAGGCAAUUCCUUUCAAACAUUUAAUAUUAGCCAGCUUGAUUCUGCGGUCAGAUUGCACCCUGGUCCCCUUCCUCAGGAGUUUAUGUCAUAUUUUGUCGCACCGUCCCCUACUCCUAAUGCUACUAGUAAUGGCCCAUCAUCUAAUGAAGCCGGUUCUACCCCCAGUGCCAAAAAGCGAAGACGAGAUGUUCAUCGGUCUGGAGUUGGUAGCGUGGCAUCUUCGGAUUAUGCUCCUUCAUCUUCUCUCUCUCAUUUUCCCUCAUCUAAUCCUUCUUCAGCCAUGGUGCGCGGUCAGCCGCAUCAAUCCGUUCAUCAUACCUCUAAUCAGCAUCAUCAUCCCUCUUCGGCUGCCAUGGCACCGCAUUCUGGACCCCUUAUGAAUCCGUCAGUUGCUUCGUCGUUGUCCUCGGGAAUUAGCAAACCUGCAACCUCCGUAGGUUACUUUGCUACUCCACCUGCAGCAAUGAAACGACCACUUGAUGAGCUCUAUAAUUCGCAGACUCCAAGUGGAUUGGCUUCGUCCGUGGAGUCACCUGGUGGGGGUGGGUACGAUUUCGAUGACGAGAUUCGGCGAAAAAGGCGACGAAAAGAGAAGAAGAGCGGCGGUAGCUCAAGCCGAAGAGAUAGGAUUGAUUAA